AUUUAUCAAAAGGAAGUGUUAUUAAUUGUCAUAUUCUUCGUCGUUAUCAUCAAUCUCAAGAUAAUAUUUCAUGUGAGAAUGAUGACCUGUUGACUAAAAACGAUCUGAUCUUAUUCACCGUUCAUCAUACAAUGUUUGAUGGAGCAUCUGUAUCAAUUUUCCUUCGUGAUUUUUCUCUUGCUUAUCAAUCUGAUGGCUCAUUAUUUGUAAACAAUAAUCUAUUGAAUUAUAUAGAUUAUUCUGUUCAUGAACAUAUCAUGGAUAUGUCAUUAUCUCGUGAAUUCUGGCAUUCUCAACUUGAAAGAUACAAUAUCGAAUGUUCAUUAUCAUUACCAGUUGAUCGACAACGUUCACCAACUAAUCAACAACGAUCAGGCUUAGCAUCCAUAGCAGAAAUCAAUUUUGAUAAUGAAUUAUGCACAUUGUUUCUAAAUUAUGCAUCAUCACAUCAUCUCACACUUUUUCAACUUGGAUUAUCUAUAUUUUAUAUCUUCCUAUUCAAAUUAACUCAUGGUGACAGUGAUCUAUGUAUUGGUUCUAUCAAUGCUAAUCGAUAUCGAAGUGAAUUAGUGAAUAUGAUAGGAAUGUUUGUUUCAACAUUGCCAUAUCGUUUAGAAAUUGAUUCUCAUUGGUCAUUUGAUGAACUUGCUAAACAUGUACGAGAAAAAUGUUUAUCAAUUCUUGAACGUUCUCAUUAUCCAUUACAGCAUAUUCUUGGUAAUAAUCGAUUAAACCAAUCGAGUGUAUCAUUUUUUGAGAUAAUGUUUGAUUUUAUCAGUGUGUCAAAAGAUAUGAGACAUUUAAGUUUGAAUGAUGCAAAUUUAGAACAAGUAUCAUUACAACAAUCAGCUGAAGUGUCCAACAAACUGUCUCUUAUUCUUCCUGAGGAAGCUGAAGAAAUGGAAUUAGUUGUGUUUCAUCGACUGGGGAAUAUUGUGAAUGAAGCACCAACAUCAUUCGCACAAGCUCGUAUAUGGCUUGACGAAAGAGUUCGAUUCGAUCCAGACAAACCUCAAAUAGCAAUCUAUAAUAUGCCUUUUGUUUAUCGUCUACAACCACAUCAUACUUUAUCAGUUAAACAACUUCGACAUGCUCUUCAUCUCACUGUUAACAAACAUCGCUCACUUCACACAUCACUUCAUUUUGACAUCCAAAAGAAUCUACUUAUGCAACGAGUUAUUACUAGUGAAGAUAAAACCAACACUAAUAAUAUGUUUUCAAUCAUCGAAACUACUUAUCAAACAGAUGAACAAUUAAAUGAGAUUGUACAUGACGAGAAACGUAAUCCACAUCUCUUUGAUCUUGGUCAAGGUCUUGUCUUUCGAUGUCAUCUUGUUUACUACAAACAAAUCUCUUCCAAUGAUCUUCUUUCUCACAAAGAUCUACUUAUCUUCAACUUUCAUCAUGCUCUAUUUGAUUUUCCAUCAAUGAAAGUGUUUCAUCAUGAUCUUAACCAAGCAUAUGCAACAGGUCAAUUGUUGUAUGAUGACAACACUAAUCUUCGUUAUCUCGAUUAUGCUGUUAUUGAACAACAAAUGUCAAUGACUGGUGCAAGUAUGUUUUGGCUUGAUGCUCUUCAUGAUUGUAAACUCGAUCAGCCUUUAUCAUUACCAUUCGAUCGAUAUCGUCUUGCAAAUGAACAUCGAACUGGUCGUGGAACAUCUAUUUCUUUUGAUUUUGGUCAAGAUCUCUCACAUGACUUUCUUACUCAUGCAUCAUCAAAUAAUAUAUCACUUGAACAUCUCACAUUUGCUAUUUAUUUCAUCUUUCUAUUUAAACUAACUAAUGGACAAACAGAUUUAUGUCUGGCUAUGAACAUCAAUAAUAAUCGAUAUAGAGAUGAGCUCAAAUCAAUCAUUGGAUUGUUUGAGAAUGUCAUCCCAUUACUAUGUCGAUUAGAUCCUCACUGGCGUUUUCAUGAAUUACUCGAACAAGUUCAAGAGAUCACAACAAAUAGUAUGAAAUAUUCAUAUUUUCCACUUCAACGUAUUCUCAAUCAACAUCCACAUAUUUCAAGACAUGCAUUUCUCGAUACAUCUCUGGAAUUUAUAUCAUACAAGAAUAAUAAUACAGUUAUGAUUGGUAAUUCUCAACUUGUUCCGAGAUCUUCCUCAUUCGACAUUAAUGAAGAUGAAAUACUAAGUGUAUCCGACUUCUCUAUUUCAUUUCAUCAUAAUAUGAACAUGAAUCAACUGUCCUGCACAAUUAAUGGAUCACUUGACUUAUUCAAUAGAGACACAGUAGAGAAGAUUUCACAACGAUUUCAUUUCAUCUCAAAUCAAUUAUUUGCAUCUACGAUUGACAAUCAAAUGAACAAACCAAUCUAUGAGCAAUCAUUAAUAUUAUCAAAUGAACAAUAUCUGAUGCAAUCAUUGAAUAAUACACAAGUAUCAUUUCCAUAUCCUCUCACUUGUAUUCAUCAUGAGUUUGUAAGUCAAGUAAUGAAACAUCCACAAAAACUAGCUGUUGAACUUGAUGAACAAUCAUUAACAUAUUGUGAGCUGUUGUAUUAUGUUCAAGUGUUAUCUUUAACUCUUCUUAAUGAACAUCUUAUCACUCCAGGUGAAAUAGUUUGUCAAUGUGUUGAGCGAAGUUUGUCAAUGGUGAUUGGUAUAAUGGGAAUUGAAAUGGCUGGUGGUGUUUAUUGUCCAUUUUCACCUCGAGAUCCACAACAUCGUUUACAUGCUCUUGUACAACAAACUCAAACUCGUCUUGUUCUUGUUCAUGGUUUAACUAAGACCAAGUUUUAUCAUAAUAUCAUAUCACUUGAUAUUGACUUCAUAGUGUCGGACAACAAGAGAGUGGGUAAAGGUGAUAUUGAUGGAUUAUCAAAUGUUUUACUAGCAGCAAAAGAUAUGGCUUAUAUCAUAUACACAAGUGGCUCAACAGGAACACCGAAAGCAGCUCAAGUGCGACAUCGAAAUUUCAGUCGGUACAUGAAUUCAUUAGUAUAUGGUGAUGUUUUGAAAGAGAAAGAUACAAUUAUGCAAAUAUCCCGUUGUUCAUUUGAUACACAUGUUCAAGAUAUCAUGGGCACAUUAUCAACUGGAGGUACACUUAUCAUGUUGCAUCUAGGAGGAAUUAUUGAUCUAGCGUAUCUUGCUGACGUCAUCAAAAAGAAGAAUGUUACAUGCUUUACUAGUGUACCAACUAUUCUUCAACAUUUAUUUGAUUUUUUGAAACAAUCUAAUGAUAGCUCAUCUUUAAUAAGUCUUCGAUGCGUUUGCACUGGUGGGGAAAAGUGUUCUAUCAAUCUGGUGAACCUAAUUUUAAGUUCAAUCGCGGAUCACUGUGAACUGUGGAACCUUUAUGGUCCAGCUGAAGCUACUAUAGUUUGUACCUAUCAUAGAGUAAAUCUCAUGGAUAACACUCAAAGCAUAUCAAUUGGUAGACCACUUUGUAAUUAUCAAUGUAUGACUAUGAAUCCAUAUUUACAAUCAUCUGUUAUUGGCCAAGAAGGUGAGCUGCUAGUGGGAGGAGCAGGUGUCUUUGCUGGUUAUCUUGGACGUGAUGAUUUAACUGCAAAAGUUCUUGUUGAAAUCGAUGGUGAUCUAUUUUAUCGAACAGGUGAUCUUGUUAGAAUAAAUAACAAUGGUCUUCUUCAUUAUCAAGGAAGAAAAGAUCAUCAAAUCAAACUACAUGGACAAAGAAUUGAACUUGGUGAAAUCGAACGAUGUUUACUUAACAUCACAUCCAUAUCUGCUUGUGUUGUCAUGAAAUGGAAUGAUGAUUAUUUAGUUGCUUAUGUUCAAUCUUCCUCUCAUAUCAAUGAAGAAGAACUACGUGAACAUUGUCAAUCUUAUCUUCCACCACAUAUGAUACCAUCCAUAUUCAUUAUACUUGAUAAACUACCUUUGAAUCAAAAUGGAAAAGUAGAUCGAAAGCAACUUCCUUCACCCCACUUCUCAUCUAUACAUCUCACAAAUAGUAUAGAACUAUUAUUACCAACAAAUGAUAUUGAAAUUAGUAUCCAUCAUAUUUGGUGUGAGAUAUUCAAACUAAAUCAAAUCUCAACUGAUACAAACAUAUUUGCUAUUGGUGGUCAUUCAUUACUAAUCAUGCAACUUUUUCAUCGAUACAAAAUCGAGUUUCAUUUAGAAACAAAUUCUCUUUCUAUGACUAGAGCAUCAUUUGCACAACAACGAAUCUAUUUAGAUGAACAAAUUCGAUUUUCAUCCAACAAAACAAUCAUGAAUAACAUCUAUGUUAUUCCAUUACUUUAUCGAAUAUCAUCGAUAAAUGAUCAUGUAUCCAUUACUCGAUUACAUCAUGCAUUUCAAAGUGUUAUUACAAAACAUAAUAUUCUUCGAACAGCACUGUAUCUUGAUGCAAAUAGCAAUAUUGUACAACACUGCUUAGAUGCAAAUAUCAUUCUCGAUGAUCAUAUGAAAUCAAAUGGAUUGACAAUCGUUAAUCUUCAUACUGAUGAUCGUCGUCACAUGAAUGAAGUUAUUGCAGAAAUCUUAAAUCAAUCUGAUUUGUUCGAUUUAUCAAAAGGACGUGUUAUUAAUUGUCAUAUUCUUCGUCAUUGUCAUCAAUCUCAACAUACUAUCUCAUAUGAGAAUGAUGAUCUAUUGAGUGAAAAUGAUCACAUAUUGAUUAGUAUUCAUCAUGCAAUGUUUGAUGGAGCAUCAACAUCAAUCUUCCUUCGUGAUCUUUCCCUUGCUUAUCAAUCCGAUAACUCCCGAUCUAUGAAUGAAAACUCAUUGAAUUAUAUAGAUUAUUCUGUUCAUGAACAUAUCAUGGAUAUAUCAUUAUCUCGUGAAUUCUGGUAUUCUCAACUUGAAGGAUAUAAUAUCGAAUGUUCAUUAUUAUUACCAGUUGAUCGACAACGUUCAUCCACUAAUCAACAACGAUCGGGCUUAGCAUCCAUAGGUGAAAUCAUUUUUGAUAAUGAACUAUGCACAUCAUUUCUAAACUAUGCAUCAUCACAUCAUCUCACACUUUUUCAACUUGGAUUAUCUAUAUUUUAUGUCUUCCUAUUCAAAUUAACUCAUGGUCAAACUGAUUUAUGUAUUGGUUCUAUCAAUGCUAAUCGAUAUCGAAGUGAAUUACAAAAUCUAAUCGGAAUGUUUGUUUCAACAUUACCGUAUCGUGUUGAACUAGAUCCCCAUGGGUCAUUUGAUGAAGUAGUUAAAUAUGUACAAGAAAAAUGCUUAUCAAUUCUUGAACAUUCUCAUUAUCCACUUCAACAUAUCCUUAGUGAUUUACAUUUCACUCAGUCAAAUGCGUCAUUUCGUGAAGCAAUGUUUGAUUUCAUUACUGUGUCACAAGAUAUGGGACAUUUAUGUUUGAAUAGUGUUAAUCUAGAACAAGUGUCGUUACAACAAUCAUAUGAAAUGGCUAAAUUUGACUUCUCAUUGAACUUUAUAUAUAAUUCAUUAUUAGAUCAUAAUCAGUUGUCUUGCUCUUUUAUUUGUUCAAGUGAUCUGUUUGAUGGAACAACACUUGCCAUAAUAGGUCGAAGAUUUCAACUUGUUUUAGAACAACUGUUUUCAUCGAAGUCAAGCACACAGUGCAUUGAUUUUUAUUGUACAUCUAUAUCAAAAGUUGAUCUUAUCCUAUCAGAAGAAGAUGAAGAAAGAGAAGCGAUAGUGUUUCAUAGGUUGGAAAAUAUUAUUAAUGAAGGACCAGCAUCCUUUGCACAAUAUCGAAUAUGGCAUGAAAAUCAAAGAGGCGUCGAUACUGAUCAAUCAUCUUUAACGACCCAUAAUAUACCAUUUUUCUAUCGCCUCUAUACAGAAAAUGUGUUAUCCGUAAAACAACUUCGUCGUGCUCUUCAACUCAUUGUAACCGAACAUGAAUCACUUUAUACAUCACUCAUCUAUGAUUCUAACAAAAAUAUACUCAUGCAGAGAGUUCUCACUCAACAACAUAUCAAUAAUGACUCGUUUACAAUUACUGAAAGCACUUAUGAAACAGAUGAACAACUCAAUGCUAUCAUCGAAAAUGAGAAAUGUAACCGCCAACUUUUCGAUCUCACCCAAGGUCUUGUCUUUCGAUGUCGUAUUAUUUACUAUAAACAAAUCUCUUCGAACAACAUUCUUUCCAAUAAAGAUAUAAUUAUCUUCAAUUUUCAUCAAGCUUUCUUUGAUUAUCCAUCCAUGAGCUUAUUUCUUCAUGAUCUCGAUCAAGCUUAUAGAACAGGUCAACUACCUUUCAAUGAUGACAAUACUACCUUACGUUAUCUUGAUUAUGCUGUCAUUGAACGACAAAUGUCCAUGACAGGUGCAAGUAUGUUUUGGCUUGAUACUCUGUAUAAUUGUCAUCUUGAUCAAUCUCUGACAUUACCAUAUGAUCGAUAUCGCCUCAUGAAUGAACAUCGAACUAAUCGAGCAACCUCUAUUUCUUUUGAUUUUGAUCAAGAUCUUUCUCAUUACUUUCUUAUCUAUGCAUCAUCAAACAAUAUCAAACAUGAUCAUCUAGCACUUGCUACUUACUUUAUCUUCUUAUUUAAAUUAACGAAUGGUGAACAAGAUUUAUGUAUUUCAAUGAAUAUCGAUAAUCGUUAUAGAGAUGAACUAAAAUCUAUGAUUGGACUGUUUGAGAAUAUCAUUCCAUUACGAUGUCAACUAGAUCCUCACUGGUCUUUUCAAUAUCUACUCCAAUAUGUCCGAGAGACAACAACCAAUAGUAUGAAAUAUUCUUAUUUUCCUCUUCAACGUAUUCUCAGUCAAGAUUCAAAUGUUUCAAAACCAGCAUUUCUUGAUAUAUCAUUUCAAUUUCUUUCGUCUGUGACAAACAGUGACAAUAAACUAAUAAGGAUUGGCAAUACUCAACUUUCUUCCAUACCUUUCACAAUGAACAUUAAUGAUUUCUCAUUUCUAAUCGAGCAUGAUCGCAAUAUCAAUCAACUCUCAUGCACAAUCGAUGCAUCACUUGAUUUGUUCAACGUAGAAACAAUUGAUAAGAUAUCUCAACGAUUUCAUUCAAUCUUAUAUCAAUUAUUUACAUCUAUCGAUGAUAAAAUGAAUAAAUCAAUCUAUGAAAUAUCAUUAACACUACCAAAUGAAAGAUUACUCAUGCAAUCAAUGAAUAACACACAAGUAUCAUUUCCAUCUCCUGUUACUUGUAUUCAUCAUGAGUUUGUAUAUCAAGUGAUGAAACAUCCACAAAAACUAGCUGUUGAAUUGGAUGAACAAUCUUUGGCAUAUGCUGAACUCUUAUAUUAUGUUCAAGUAAUUGGUAUUAUGGGAAUUGAAAUGGCUCGUGGAGUUUAUUGUCCAUUAUCACCUCGAGAUCCACAACAUCGUUCAUAUGCACUCACACAACAAACUCAAAGUCGUCUUGUUCUUGUCCAUUAUUUAACUAAGACUAACUUUGAUCAUAAUAUUGUUUCACUCGAUAUUGAUGCAAUAUUAAAUAUCAAUGAUAUAGAUAAGAAUGGCCUUUCAAGUGCGAUAAUGAAAGGUGAAGAGAUAGCUUAUAUUAUUUUCACUAGUGGAUCAACUGGAACACCUAAAGCGGUUUGUUGA